AGCAAGUCAGGCAGGCGGCCAGUUCAGAGGGUAAGAACCAGCAUCCAGAGGAAACCAGAGAUGAUCAGAGGACUAAUUCUCACAGGACUACUUGUCCUGCAACAGAUGGAUGUACAGGCGCAUGUGUUGAGUAGACACGGGUCGGCCAGCAACAUUACCAAACUAAAGAGCCUGCUGCAGCAGUUUGAGGAGGCCUUGGCCGCAGAGGAGACUUCUGAGAGAGCCGUCGAUUAUGAAGACAGCAACUCCGUACCGGAGCAGAGCCCUGCUUCCACGUCCUGGGACAGAGACCGAGAGGAAGAGGCCCCUCCAGCAGAGGACACAAACCCUGCAGAUGGAUUUGAUACACAGAGAAAUCGUCUCAUAGAUCUUCUCAUGUCCACCCGGAGUAAAAGUCUCUCUGGCUGUUUUGGGGGGAGACUGGACCGUAUAGGGUCUUCCAGCACCCUCGGGUGCAACUCUAAAAAAGGUUAGCAGCAGAGUGAAUAGUGACAUUAAAAAUACUAAGAGCAUAAAAUAUAUAUGUAUCUGUGAUAUCUAAAUUAUUUUGCAAAAUAAUUACAGUGGCAUGUUAAAAUACAAUUAUGCAUUUCAAUCUUGAGCAUAUGCAAUUAUUGUUAUUUUUUUAUUAAUGUAAGAUGUGGAAAUUACACAAACAAUUUCCCAUCAAUAUUCUCAUCAAUUUUUUGCAACUUGUGAAAUAUGCUUUAUAUUACUUUAUGGCUUGCUUUUAGAUUGGUUUAUUGAUGUAUUUAUAUUGUACUAGUAGUUGUAAUUUGAGUGCUAAUGAAGAUAUUUAAGAUAUGAAUGAAACUAUUAUUAUGGGUUGUUGACAUUAGAUAUCUUUUGGAAGAAUUGACAUGACCUGUGGUGUGACAUACUAUAUUCCAUCUAAAAAGGUUUUAAAGUGCAUUGCUGAUUCUGUAAUAUGUAUUAUGCAUGCAGCUUUUAUGACAUCAUGUUAAUUGAAAAACUAUAUGGAAUAUCUGUACAUUUAAAAAUGUAUUUGUCAGACCACAAAACCAUUUAAAAUGAACUAGUGAAGGUAAAAAGGUGAUUACAAGUUGUAUAAAACUGUAAAGAAAUGGUGACCAGUUACAGUAUCAAAGACACACUUUCCAUUGUGUAAUUUGAAUGUAAAGUCCAUACGUUUCUAAAACCAAUCCAUAGGCAUGAACUAUCCAUAUACGUAUGUGACAUAUAAUGUGUACUAUUCAUGUUUUAUUUAUUCUGCAUGAAUUUACAAGCUUUUGUGAGAUCCUUGUCUGGUGUGUAGCUUGUUCUUUUGAUGAGACUUAAGCAGUUGUGAAAAGAUUGUGCUAUUUUAAAAAACAAUACAUUGUAACACAUUACAUUAAAAAUGAUUAAGGUCUAGAUUUGAAAUACUUAAGCUUUUUUGUUGAAAGAACAGUACCGCUAGGUGCAAGUAUAUUGAAGGCCUAUUAAUCAGAACUGAAAAAUUUAAAGUUAAUAAAAUCUUUCUUUUAAA